CUUCAGGACACCUUGCUUCUAUCUUCCUUCUCCUUCCCCACGUUGACUGUCGUCUAGAAAAUGCAGUACAUCUCCUAGACUGCUGAACUUGUAUCAUUCAUCUAGUCUGGUAGUCAAGACAACCGCACAUCCUCACAAUGCUCCCGCCCAGCUCAGCUGUCUUCCUCGCCGCGUCGCUGCUGGCGGCUUUGCCCGUCCAAGCCGAUGGACUCUACACCAAGAAAUCCCCUGUGCUGCAGGUGACGUCCAAGAACUACGACCAACUCAUUGCCCACUCGAACCACACAUCAAUUGUAGAGUUCUACGCCCCCUGGUGCGGCCACUGCCAAAACCUCAAGCCGGCCUACGAGAAAGCGGCCAAGAACCUCGACGGCCUGGCCAAGGUGGCCGCCAUUAACUGCGACGAGGACGCCAACAAGCCCAUCUGCGGCCAGAUGGGGGUGCGCGGCUUCCCGACGCUAAAGAUCGUGACCCCCGGCAAGAAGCCCGGCAAGCCGCGCGUGGAGGACUACCAGGGGGCGCGCACCGCCAAGGCCAUCGUCGAGGCCGUCGUCGACCGCAUCCCGAACCACGUGCGCCGGCUGACCGACAAGGAUCUCGAUAGCUGGCUCGCUUCGACCUCGGGUGCGGCAACCCCCAAAGCGAUCCUCUUCACGGAAAAGGGCACCACCAGCGCGUUGAUCCGCGCGCUGGCCAUUGACUUCCUGGGCGCGAUCCAGGUCGCCCAGGUGCGGAGCAAGGAGACGGCGGCCGUGGAGCGAUUCGGGGUCACGGCGUUCCCCACGCUCGUGCUGGUGCCGGCGGGUGGCAGCGAGCAGGAUGCCAUGGUCUACGACGGGGAGCUGAAGAAGGCGCCGCUCGUCGAGUUCCUGAGCCAGGUCGCGGCGCCGAACACCGAUCCUGCGCCCGUCUCGGCUCCCAAGAAGAAGAAGGAGGCGCAGAAGAAACAACAAGAAGAGGAGGCCCAGCCCGACGACGAAGCCACAAUGGCACAGGAGUCGUCGGCGGCCCCUGCGGCUCCUGUUCCCGCGCCUCAGGUUGAACUCCUGAUGACCCCGGAGGCCCUUGCCGCCGCUUGCCUGGCGCCCAAGUCCGGCACUUGUGUGUUGGCCCUUCUUCCUGAGGAACAAGAGCCACAACAACCGGACGAGAAGGAGAGCUCGGCGGCGGCGGCGGCGCAAGUCGCUCUGGCCAGUUUGUCCGAGGUGGCGCACAAGCACGCGCUGCACAAGAGUAAGCUGUUCCCUCUGUACGGUGUCCCGGCCACCAACAGCGCGGUUAAGUCCCUGCGCGCGGCGCUGGAGCUGUCCGAACAGGACCUGGAGAUUGUGGCCGUCAACGGUCGGAGGGGGUGGUGGAGAAACUACGAUCCCGCCGAGGCUGAUUACAGCGUCGAGCGCGUCGACGCGUGGGUGGAUGCCAUCCGGCUUGGGGAGGGGUCCAAGCAGAAGUUGCCCGAGGGUGUCAUCGUGGUGGAGGAGGCCCAGGAAGAAGAGAAGCCCGUGGUCGCCGAACAUGACGAGUUGUGAGAUUAAUCAGGGAUAUCCUCAAUGUAUGUGUGUAUUCACCUCAGUAGCGUUACCAAUGGUGUUUUCAAUUAGGUAGGAAACAUGUUUUACAAGUUAUCGCAAGCGUAUGAGAAACGAGUC